AUGGCCAUGGGUCACGGUGGGCUAUACCCACUUCUCUAUCAGCGGGCUAACUUGGGCUAUACCAUUCACAAAGUCCUGAAGGGUUCUUCAUGGGCGCAUCUGGUCUCAAGUUAUGCACCACUAGGUCAUAAUCCCCUGCUCCCAAUCCAAUGCAAAGGCCUCCUCCUCUCAGCUAUCCAUGAUCCCAACCCAGUCAUAUUCAUGGAGCCCAAAAUCCUCUAUCGUUCUGCAGUCGAACAAGUCCCAAUCGACGACUUCUCUCUCCCCACUGCGAAUCUGUUCUAUGAAAAGGCUCGGGAAGAGGGCUUUUUUGAGAUUGGAGGUACCUGUGAGGAGGAUUAUGGGGUGGGAUUGCUUGUAAAUGUUCUGAAUGAUGCUCUCAUUGAAACUGUGCUGCUCUGCGAGGAACUUGAUGGAUGCUGCAAAACCAAGGUGGGCGAAGUGCAUGAUGUCACUGCUGUCAAUGUCAAUGUCCGAUUCAGUAGCGGCAAUGCUGCUCAUCUCUCUAACAUGGUCUUUGAAUGUACCUUGGGUGUGUUUGAGUGUGGUGUCAAAGUGGUGAGAGAGAGAGAUUAUGAUGUGGCCCCUAAGGCUGCUGCUGUUGCCCCUAACCACUUAGAGGGGGCUAGCCCGCCCUCAAAACUGUUCAUGUUAAGAGUCCUGCCUCAGAGUAUAUGCCUCAGAGGUGUAGCUAACUGGUUACCUCUGAGGCAGAACUCUUAA